GACGUAUUUUAAGCAAAAGAGUUCUAAUAACUAUUGCUGUUGUAUCAAUAAAUUUAAAUGCAUAAUGUCGACGAAAUCCUCUGUCGAUUUGCGAGCUGAACUUGCUGAAUUAGUGAAACGAAAAGCAGAAAUAGCUGAUACUCUUGCCAAUUUAGAACGUCAAAUCUAUGCAUUUGAAGGUAGUUAUUUGGAAGAUACACAACUAUAUGGUAAUAUAAUACGUGGUUGGGACAGAUAUUUAGCCAGCAAUAAAAAUGCUAAUAGUAAAGCAGAUAAACGAAAUAGAAAAUUCAAAGAAGCUGAAAGGCUAUUCUCAAAAUCUUCUAUCACCUCUAUGGCUGCAGUUAGUGGACUUGUGGAAAACACCCAGGAAAAAAUUGACCGGUACAGUGAAUCGGAGUCGCAGAUCGGCAACAGCGGUAGCGAAGACAAUUGCAGCCUUGUUAAUUCUCAUGGAACGACAGCCAAUAGCGGUAGCAGCAACGGUAAUAAGGAGUCAACAGGAAAAAAUCACUCUGUAAUUGGCCAAUACAGUCAGAACGGAUCUAUCGUCUCUUCCUCCGAAAUCGCUGGACAAUUUGCGAACGGACAUGCGAGCAACGGCAGUCUCGAGCAUGUCUCUUUAAAGGAGAACACGGGGAAAGAUUCGUCGAAAAAUAAAUCUGGGAAUAGUGCGAAAAAGAACAGCAACAAGAGAUCCAGAAAUAGGUAGAAUAGAUCUGAAAUGGUAUGAUUGAAAUAGUCCGUUCGGAGGACUAUUCGAAAUUUUUUUUUUUUUUUUCUUUUUUUAACUUUUACUCGAUUCUAUAAAACAUUGAAUUUCUAUAGAAAAGUGAACGCUAUAGUCUUUAUCAUUAGCGAUAAGAAUGUUAGUUAUAGGAUAAAAUUUUAAGUGAUAAAAGGUCAUUUUGCCAUCCAAAUAGUAUUUCUAUUUAUGUCUAAUUGAUUUAAAACCGAUAAAUAUAGUAUUGUACAAAUAUAAAUUUCAGGUCUAGGAAUAAGAUGAUAGAAGGAUUGCGUUAAUUGAAUAAUACAUAUAUAUAUAUAUAUAUUAGAUUUAAGAGAUAAAAGUAUCGGAAUCUUUUCUAUUUUUUGUAAUUUUUUUCUUAUGCGUAAAAAAUAUGAAAUAUGUUACCAUUAGCUGAGAUUAGUCAAAUUUUUAUAAUUACUCUGUUUAUUCGCUCUAUUAUUAUUAUAAAAGAUAAAGUUAUUUUUAGUUUCAAUUUAAAUAAUACAAUAGUUUACGUUUUUAAAAGAUUUAUGUUAGAAGUAGUUAGCAUUCCAUUAUUUUUAUUAUAUAAGAGAUUUUUUUAUUUUAUAUUUAAUGUAUAUAGAAAGGCAGUACAGAGGUUGUAGUUAUAGAAAAAUACAUUAAUUAUUAUGUAAGGGAAUAGAAUUAGGUAAUUAAACUAUUUUUUGUAAUUACAUUAUUCUUAAUUUCAAACUUCAUAUUAAUUAGUUUAUUUUUCUAAUUAAAUUCUUUUUAUUAAUACUUUUCUAAUAUAAGUUUAUCUGUAAUCUUCGUUAAAAUGUUAUUAUUUACAUUUGUAAAAAUAUUAAGAAAAAAAUACUAAAAAAAAAUUGAAAAAUAUUUUUUGUAACUAUUGUAUUUAAAUAAAACAUUGUUAGUAAAGAA